ACUGUGGGCAUCGAUUUUUGUGGUUUAAGAUUUUUGUGUGUAUCCGGAAAAAUGAUAAAUUCGCGACAAAACUAUCUGAACGCGAAGCGGUUCGCGGCCGAUCUGGCGCUGGAACACAUCAUACCACACAACGUUUGCUUCUAUCUCAUCCCGCCGAUCGUCGAUUUGACGAUCGAGGAGUUCGAGAAGCUCGCCCUGGAACGGUUGAAGAUGCUGCGGCUGCUGGAGCAGGUGGCGGCCAAGAAUCCCAAAGCCACGAUGGAAGCGUGGCGUGAAGCGGUGCUGGCCGAGGUAAACCACGAUGGAUUGCGCAUGUACGCGAAGCUGUUUCGGGGCAACAUAAACGAUGACGCGACGAAGAUGGCACGCCGGCGGGACUAUCUUUCACACUUCAUCCUCCGCUUCGCCUACUGCCGCUCGGAUGAGCUGCGCCGCUGGUUCGUCGCACGGGAAAUGGAGCUGUUUCGGCUAAAGUUCAGCGCACUGUCCGCGCGUGACAUCAAGGAGUUUCUCGAGGUGUACGAGCUGGAUUACAGUCCGCUGGCGGACGCAGAGAAGGCCGAAAUUUCGGAGCAGCUGUGCAUGAGUACCGCGAACCAAACGAGACUGAAGAUGGAAACGAGCGACUUUUACGCAGUACACUUCACGGAAGUGCUGAACCUGGUGCGGGAUCGAAAGUGUUUCCUGAAGGGCGGCAAAGCGUACAUUCCGCCCGAGAGUUUCGUUCACGUCGUCGCCCGGAAGCACCAGCAACUGAUCGAGGACGGUUUGAAGGCGCACCUGCGUAUGCUGCCGACGCUGGAGAUUGAUGAACGGUUCUCGAUGCUACUCAAAUCCAUUCACACCUCGUACACGGGCAAGAACUACACCGUGUCCAAAACGGGUAGCGUUCCGAUUGAAAGUCUCGAUCAGCUGUCGAAGAAAUCUUUUCCCCUCUGCAUGCGCCAUGUACACGAUACACUGCGAGCGACACAUCACCUCAAGCACGUCGGUCGCAUGCAGUACACACUCUUCCUCAAGGCAAUCGGCGUCACGGUGGAUGAUUGUCUACGGUUCUGGCGCGAAGAGCUUACUCGCGGCAAGGUAGCGAUCGAAAAAUUCGAGAAGGAUUACGCGUACAACAUCCGGCACAACUACGGCAAAGAGGGAUCCCGCAUCAACUACUCACCGUACUCCUGUAUGAAAGUGAUCACCACUCCGAUCGGACCGGCCGAAACCCAUGGCUGUCCGUUCAAAAACAUUGACACCAGCGCGCUCAAGAUGAAGCUGUCCGGGUACGGUUUGAGCGCUCUUGAUUGCGACGAAAUAGCAGGAUAUGCGGCCAAAGGACACUAUCAGAUAGCAUGUGGAAAGUACUUUGAGACGCUGCAUGAGACAAAGCUGGAGGAAGGUAUCAACCAUCCGAAUCAGUACUUUGAAUUAAGCCAGCUUACGAUGGAAGGCAGAAGCACGACGGAACGGUCUCGGGCUCGGGCACCACAGCAGCAAACUCCUCGCUGGACUGGCGGUACUCAAGCCACUAGCCAAACGCAUCAUGAUUCCAGCUUCCAGACCGAUUACAGCACCUUGAACGGAGCCGACGACGAUCAGGAGCUGUGGGAAAUCAUGGAAACGAAAGAUAAGGAGUCCGAAGGCAUCGACCGGGAAGUGAUAUCCUCCCGCAACAACGCACCAAAAGUACCUGUGGCAUCUCCGGCGAAGCUUACAGCAAAGGACUGGGACGACGAGGAUUUCGAUCUGUUAGAGUUGAACGAGUGAUUGUAGAGACACGGGAGGAAACGGUGCACAAAAGAGCCAAGGUAUGUUACCGUUGCGAUCAAUCGAUUUCCAAAAAGUCAAUUUUAUUAUUAAAAUAUAAACUCAACUAUGCAUAUGGU